CACGCCGCGCCGUACUCCGCGUCAAGAAUGGGGCGGCCAAGCUGCCCAAGCCGCCCGCCGCCGCCGCCGCUGCGGCGGAGGCGCCCGGCGCGGGCGCGGGCAUGGAGCGCUCGCAGAGCCGCCUCAGCCUGUCCGCCUCCUUCGAGGCGCUCGCCAUCUACUUCCCGUGCAUGAACUCCUUCGACGACGAGGACGCGGAAGGGGACAGCCGGAGGCUGAAGGGGGCCAUCCAGAGGAGCACGGAGACCGGCCUGGCGGUGGAGAUGCCCAGCCGGACACUGCGCCAGGCCAGCCACGAGUCCAUUGAGGACAGCAUGAAUAGCUACGGCUCAGAGGGCAACCUUAACUACGGGGGAGUUUGCCUGGCAUCAGACGCGCAGUUCAGUGACUUCCUGGGCAGCAUGGGGCCGGCGCAGUUUGUGGGCCGCCAGACCCUGGCCACCACGCCAAUGGGGGAUGUGGAGAUCGGCCUGCAGGAGCGGAAUGGCCAGCUCGAAGUGGACAUCAUCCAGGCUCGGGGACUGACGGCCAAGCCAGGCUCCAAGACACUGCCAGCGGCCUACAUUAAGGCCUACCUGCUGGAGAACGGCAUCUGCAUUGCCAAGAAGAAGACCAAAGUCGCUCGCAAAUCUCUGGACCCGCUGUAUAACCAGGUGCUGCUGUUUCCUGAGAGUCCCCAGGGCAAAGUCCUGCAGGUGAUCGUGUGGGGGAACUAUGGGCGGAUGGAGCGGAAGCAGUUCAUGGGUGUGGCCCGUGUGCUACUGGAGGAGCUGGACUUGACCACCCUGGCCGUGGGCUGGUACAAGCUCUUCCCCACCUCCUCCAUGGUGGACCCAGCUGCGGGCCCCCUGCUCCGGCAGGCGUCCCAGUUGUCCCUCGAGAGCACCGUGGGGCCCUGUGGUGAGCGAUCUUAGGGCCGGGGUUGGGGGGGCUCCCCGACAAGGCCUGGAGAACGCCCAGCCCCAACCUGGGACCCCAGGCCCAGGGGCACAUUGAACAGAGGAGGACGGGGUUCUCCCCCACAGCGGGGAAGCAGAACGGGGAAACCUGCCCCCCAGGGCCCCUCCUCACCCCCUCUUUGCCUCCUACCCCCUAAGACCUUCCCUCUCCCAAUGGGAUUGGCUGCACUUUUGGCUUGGCCAGUUCUUGACCUGGUGGAUGUGGCUGCAAUCCGGAGAAAGGAAAGACUGAGGUGGCAGAGCAAACCAUCCUCCUGUCCCAGACACUGUCCGACUGCUCCCCCUUUUUGCCUCCUCGGAAGCUCGCUGUCCGGAGCCAAGUCCAGAACCCAGCGGCCAUCUCCAUGGUGCCAAUUACCAGCAAGUGUCUUUCCUGCGGCACCGGGUUCAGGCAGCUACUCCUGCCCCAAAGCCGAUGGGGCAGCUUUGCAAGGAUCCGGAGCUAGCUCCGGGGGGCCCAAAGCCUCCCACUUGAAGAGGAGCUCGGCCUCCCUCCUCCUGCCCGUGGAAGGAGUUUUGCCGCAGCCUGUCUGAGUCCAUCUGUCUGUCCCUUCCUGCCUGCCCCUCUUCCGGUGGCUCUAGGAAUUGGGGUCCAGCAGGGACCAAAGGAAAGGAGGUGGUACCCUGGGCCUGGCACAGACUCCCAGGGUGCCUUGCUCCGUGGGAUUGCAACAAGCUGGUUUGGAACGGUGGACUGGAAAGAACUGGGUCAUCUGCGUUUUGGUGGAGGAGCUGCGGGACCCUGAUUUUUGAGAACCCCAAGUCCAGAGAGCUCACCAUCUCUGAAUUUUGGGGGGAUGCUGGACUGGAGAGGGAGUCUGAGCAAAGUGGGGAUUGGGACUGGUGGUGCCAAGGCAAGGGUUUCUCAAAUAGGAGAAUCCCUCCUCGUUGGAUGAGGUCAAAGGUCUUCUUGUCUACCCCUCUGCCUCCAGGCUAGGGGUCUGGGGAGGCAACAGAGCUUCCCUAUUUUAGUCUUUUUAAACAAACCAUCCUGUACUAAGGGCAGAACCCACUGCCCCGGCCUCAACUACCUUGGCUCAUGAGUGUAAGAAUCGGGAGAUUCCUUCUCAAGCAGGCCUGGGUAGCUGCCUUCCUGGCCCGGCCCUCCCCGAGGCCUACGGAAGCCCUUUUGCAUGCUGGGAGGACACAGGCUGGCCCCUCUUUAUAGAAGCACAUUUCUGCCACCUCCCCCUGGGAGGCACCCAGCAGCCCACCACCCCUCAUUACCCAGUCCCUGCUGUGUAGGGCGUAGUCCGGGUUAGCUGGGUAGAGUUAGUGUUCCAGGCCCUGGGGCCUGUUCUUAGCUUGCAUAUAGUCCUUACAGAGUACCAGGACAGGGGUGGAGAGGAGACAGAAGUCUCCUCACUGCUCUGGGUCUGGGCCUGGAGCCUGGGUCAUGCCCUUCUUCCCCUGCUCUCCCCCCCACCCCCAGGAUUGUAGCUGGAGCUGCCCCUUAUACUCAGAAGUUCUGAUGUAUUAUCCUUGGUACUGGUUUUAUCUGUGAAGCACUCCUGAGGGUUGUGGGCCUCGGUGGAGAGGCCUGGGCUCCAUCGGACAACGUCAUCCUCCACCGGGAUGCCCAGCUGUGUCCAGUCCCGCCUUGUCCUUGGCCUCACUCUAGGCUCUUGACCAGGCCAUUUCUUCCACCUGAAACCCCUUCCCUCCUCCCCCCGCCCUCCCCUCCUCUCCGCCCAUUUAAGCCCUGGGGAGCCUUGAACGUUCUGGAUGAGUUGUAUCGCCUCCAUGGAGCUUCCCAUGCUGCACUGGGAAGGGGAGACGGAGAUGCCCCUUUCUUUUAUCGAUGAGCUCUCCCGAGCUUCCUGGGAUUGUGCUGGGUGGAAUCCCAAGGCUGGGGCAGGAGGCAGCAGGGCUCCGGAUGGCCUCCAGUCUGAGGCCCAGAAUCAGCCCCUUCCCUGUUUGUUUUUUUAACCAGUGUGAUUUCUCUGCUGUUCGUUUAUUACUCACCAUUUGGAAUAUUUUGAGCCAGGAGAGCGCCUUCUCUCUCCAGCCGUCACUGCUCUGGUUGUUCAGGGGUAGCUUUUCAAAGACGGGGCAGAGCCUGGCUGUCCCAAACAGAGGGAGAGAGGGCUUGGUGCCCCCCCGCCCAACCCUACCCUCUGGUGUCUGCACAGCCUUUAUAAAGAGAGAGAGAGCGCUCCAAAG